ACUAUCGAAUUAAAAUAUUAGAUUAAGUUUAGAAUCGAGCUUAUUAACUUGUCAAUUGAAUAAUGACACAAAACAUUGUAAAGUAGCUGAUCUGUGCAAUAAAAGAAAGGAAAACAGAACAAAAAAAAGUAAAAUAAAAAAUACACAUUUCAACAUGGCUGCAGGCAGAUCAUACGACGUGAGCUGUCAGCUGUAGUAGUUUUUAUUUCUUUGUGUUUAUUGCGCCUAUAAAAAUGUUAUGAUCGUUACGUGCAUACGAAUAUGGGUGCGAAAGACUCAAAACCUAGUUUUAUAUCAUAUGAAGAUGCUGAAAAACGGGUGUCUGAUAGUGAGGUGAGACGUAUCCGUGAGGCGUUCAAAAGAUGCGCUGCGCCAAGCGGCACGGCCUUGAGCCUUGAAGCGUUCGUUCAUGAAGUGUUGUGCGAUGGAGUGCCAUACGAAGUGGCCGAGUGGCUGUACCAGGCCUGUGGAGGUACCAAAAGAGGUAUCGGCUUCAGGGAUCUGUUGCGUGGAAUCGUAGUGCUCACAAAAGGAAGUUUAGAAGAAAAGAUCAAGUUUCUUUGGACACUCUACGUAAACAACCAGAAUGACAAUGGCACAUACAUAUAUAAGAGAGAUUUUGCGAAGGCCCUACACCUUGAGAAUACAUCUCUACCAGUGACCGAAGCACCAAGAAGUACGGAAAUACUUCUAAGUUUAUUUGGUCCUGGGGAGAAGGUCACAUUUGAGCAAUUCAGGUCAUGGCUACUCAUACACAAAGAUGCCACAGUGUUGUCCAAGUGGUUGUUGGCGGAAAGGGGGAACAUAGCACAGGAGUUGGAGACACCAACAUUUUACCAGAGCUUGGCCGGUGUAACCCAUUUGGAAGAGAGGGAUAUAAUAGAGUUGGAGAAAUGCUUCUGGUCCCUCCGCAACGCCGCUCCCACGGGCCAGUUGGACGCGGAGAGCCUCGGGCCGCUGCUGUCGCCGCCGUUGCCCCGGGCGGCCGUCGCCGGCACCUUCCUCGCCUUCGACGAGAACAGGGACGGCCAUGUGGACUUCAAGGAGCUGUGCUGCGGACUCAGCGCUGCGUGCAGGGGACCGAGAACGGAGCGGUUAAAAUUUUGCUUCAAAAUAUUCGAUUUGGACCGAGACGGGGUAUUGAAUAAGAAGGAGCUGAUCGACAUGGUGGGCAUCCUGUGCACGGUCGCCAACGAGUCCCUGAAGAACCAGGGCUCGAGGGCGUCGACCCCGUCCGACGGGGAAGACUCGGACACAGAGAAGGGGUUCGAUCCUGAGGUGAUACUGCUCAACCUGCGGGAUAAGCUGGUGAGCGUCCCCAAGGAUGGCAGGAAACCGGUGUUCCAACUCGGGCCUAGUGCUGAGGGGGAGGAGAUCAUUGUUUUUAAAGAGGACGAGGAGUGUAAAGAGGACGAGGGGUUGAUCGCGAACGACACGGCGCUGGCGCUGCAGGACUUCCUAAUCUGGAGCGUGGAGAGCGUGGAAGCGCUGGUGAGCCCGUUCCUCGAGCUGCUGUUCGAGGUGUGCCACAUAGUGCUCGGGCUGCGGCCGCAGUGCAGGCACCAGGAGAGGGACAUCGUGCUGGGGUGGUUGCGGCGCGAGGUGUGCCGCGGUUACUCAGUGGGGCAGUUCUGGUACCUGGUCGGCGCCGAGUGGUGGAGUAGCUGGCUAGCCUAUACCGCAGCCGCUGCUGAUGGCUGCUGCCGCGCUGCACCGCGGCAUAUCGACGAGGCUAUCGUCUGCGACGAGAGCUUCACCAGCAACUCUACUGAGUCGACGGGCUCGCUGGCGUGGCGCGGCGCGGGCGAGGCGGAGUCGCUGUCGCUGGGCAGCGCCAGCAGCAGCGGCGUGAGCAGCGGCGUGGUGCGCAGCCGCGCGCCGCACCCGGGGCCCGUGCGCAACCGCCGCCUGCUGGCCGCCGCCGCGCCGCGCGUGCGCUCGCUCACGGGCGAGGGCGGGCUGCUGCGGCGCGACGUGCCGCUGGCGCGCGGCAUCCACUUCGAGCUGCUGCCCGACGCGCUGUGGCGCGCGCUCGCGCUCUGGUACGGCGCGCCCGACCCGCUGCCGCGCCAGGUGAUAAGGCCGCCUAACUCGGACGUUGAAUUAGAACUGUACCCUCUACAAUUGAAAAUAUUACGACAUGUCACAAACACACAGAGAAUAAGCCCGGUGAGUGCGUUGGGCGGCGCGGGAGUGUCCAUGUACAGCAGCGUGCCGCUCGCCCCCGCCCCCGCGCCUCCUGAGCGGCAGCUCGCCUACUGCGCUGCUUUCUCGCGCCUUGCCACUGUCAAACAGGUGUGGACAUUUCUGUGCGGCGCGUUGGGGCUGCCGCGCGAGGACGUGCGGCUGUGGGCGGUGGGCGGUGGCGGCGCAGUACUACUGGACGACGAGCGGCCCACCCUGCAAGACCUGAACCUGCCGCCCUCCUCCGCUCUGUUGCUCGAGCGUCGCAACCCAGACCUCACUUGGCCAGAGGAGAUUGGCGCGCUCGGGGCUGCGGCAUCAGGGUGGGACCGACAAGAGCGGCGUGAUACGUUGUCGACGGCACAGCUACCCGGCGCCACUGGUCUGCACAACCUCGGAAACACUUGUUUCAUGAAUGCUGCCAUGCAAGCUGUAUGGAAUACGGGUCCGCUACGGCGCUACUUCAACUCAGGCAUGCACCUGUAUGAAGUAAAUACCACUAACCCGCUCGGAACGAAGGGCGCGCUCGCGUUACGAUAUGGGGAACUCUGCAAAGAGGUGUGGUCGAGCACGGCGCGGUCGGUGGCGCCGCUGCGCGUGCGCUGGGUGGUGGCGCGGCACGCGCGCGCGCUCGGCGGCGGCGGCCAGCACGACGCGCAGGAGCUGCUCGCCUGGCUGCUGGACGCGCUGCACGAGGACCUCAACCGCGCCGCGCCGCGCCCCGCGCCGCCGCCGCCGCACCGCGACUCCGACGGCCGCCCCGACCAGGAGGUGGCGGCGGAGGCGUGGGCGAGCCACACAGCCCGCAACCAGUCUAUCAUGACGGACCUGUUCUACGGGCAGCUCAAGUCCAAGGUGCGCUGCGACACCUGCGGCCACGAGUCCGUGCGCUUCGACGCCUUCAAUAUGCUCAGUCUACCGCUGCCCAUGGAGUCCUCGUUGCGGUGUGAGGUGCGCGUGAUGCGGUUAGACGGUUCGGUACCAGUCAAGUACGGGGUGCGUGUCAACACGGAGGGGACAUAUUUGGACCUCAAAAAUAAGCUCUCAGAAUUGUGUGAGCUCCCGCCGGAGUGUAUGUUGAUCGCGGAGCUGUCUGGUGCAACCAUCGGCCGCAUAUGCGACGACGGCGCCAAGAUUAGCGCCGCCACCGCCAACGAGCUGUAUGCCUACGAGACGCCGCGUCCGGAAUGCAGCCACUGCACCGACUGCGCCGGCUGUACCGAUUGCAACCACUGCAGCGACGCCAGCGGCGCGGCCUCCGACUGUGACCACGCGCCGCAGCACAACGGGUGGUGCGAGGAGGGCAGCCCGUGGGCGGAGGUGAGUGUGCCUCGCGCCGGCAAUCCUUCCUCACUCUGCAUGCCCGCACUCUUCUGCUUCAAGCGGUCGAGGUCAGAAAUUCUGGUGUCGCAGAGUCCGCCGAACACCUUCUACGGCAACCAGGACCACACGUACAGUGACAACCCGGACUACCGCAGCAAUACGUUGCCAAAGGGUCUGAAGCGAAACAUCGGCAGCUCGCCCACCCUGAGUGUCAAGUCUCUCAAUAUGAAACCGUCGACACCAAGACUGGGCAAGGUCAAGUUCUGUUCGUCUCCGUCUAACAUGUGCCAGAUGAACGAGAUGGAGAGUCCGAUCCAGAAGGGCUCGUUGCAGUAUUUAAUUGCAGUGCAUAGGAAGCAGAGCCGCGCGGACGCGUACUUCCUGCCGUCGCAGCGCUGCAAGCCGGCGCUGUUCGGCGUGCCGCUGCUGGUGCCGCUGCGCAACCGCAUGACAGGCCGCGACCUCUACGCGGCCGUCUGGACGCAGGUCGCGAGGCUGCUGAGUGCGAGACCGCCCGCGCAUGAUCAGUCCAACCAUGCCACCGAUUGCGACGACAGCCUGGGCUACUCGUUCCCGUUCACGCUGCGGCUGGUGGGCGGCGGCGGCGCGUGGUGCGGCGCGUGCGCGUGGCCGGCGCUGUGCCGCGGCUGCGUGCUGCCGCCCACCGCGCGCCCGCUCGUGCACACCGGAAACACAAGCUCGUCAUGUAAAUGUUCGAAUUCAGACGUGGAGGCGGAGGUAGGCACGGAGGUGGACCCGACCGCGGGCCAGCACAGGCUGCGACCCGCCACCAGACUUUCCUCCUACCCUGACGGCUCCGGCGAGAUCAGCCGCGUGGACGGCAGCGUGCUGCGGCGGCGCGUGAUGCUGGCCAUCGACUGGGAGCCGACGGCGCUGCACCUGCAGUACCAGUGGACGCGCGAGCGGGCGUGUGCCGCGGAUGCUGCGGCCGGGCCUGGUACGCCGGGCACGGGCGCGGUGGACGUGCGCAGCUGCCUGCGCGCGUUCACCAGCGUGGAGCGGCUGGACGCGCGCUACGCGUGCACGCGCUGCCGCAGCGCGCAGCCCGCCACCAAGAAGCUGCAGAUCUGGCGCGCGCCGCCCAUCCUGAUAAUCCACCUGAAGCGAUUCCAAUACAUGAACAACAAGUGGAUCAAGUCGCAGAAGGUGGUGAACUUUCCAUUCCAAGACCUGGAGCCGACGGAGUACCUGGCGUCGGUGCCGCAGGAGACGCUGCUCCGGCACAAGGAGCUGAUGAGCCGGCGCCGCUCGUCCGCCGUCCUCCACUCGCCGCUGCCGGAGUGCAGCUCGGGGAGCGACUCCGACGACGCCGCCUCCGAUACGCACGCCAACCCGCCUGCCGCGGACACACCAAAAGUGAAGGCGAAACUGGAUCGCAAGAAGCGGCGCGAGUCGGUGGAGGUGCGGCGGCGCGAGCGGCUGCAGUCCACCAGCCUGGCCGCCACGCCCGUCACCGACGACAACCUGGUCGACUACCACCAGCACCGCCUGCUGCCCGGCCAGGACCCCUUCGACCUCAAGUACCGGCUCUACGCCGUCGUGUCGCACAGCGGGCAGCUGAGCGGCGGGCACUACGUGGCGUACGCGCGCAACCCGUCGGGCGCGUGGCUCUGCUACAACGACAGCUCGUGCCGCGAGCUCACCGCGCCGCGCCCAGCUCACCAGGAUGAUGGCGACGACGAGGAGCAGCCGGCCAUCGACCCGGCGUCCGCGUACCUGCUGUUCUACGAGCGGCGCGGGCUCGACUACGAGCGGUACCUGCCGGACGUGUCGGGCCGACCGCCGCCCGCGGACGCCCCCGACCUCGACCCCGACGAUUCGGACCUGAAGAAGAUGUGCCGCCUCAUGUGAACGGGACCCCGCCGUCCACCUUCCUAGUCAACUGCAUACUCCUGACCCGACCCUGGCACCACAUCGUACACCAUCAUUUUAGAAAUUUUUAAAGUAAUUAUGUAGAACUAGAGCAAAAAUGCAAUUGAAACAAAUUACGUUAAUUCAAUUCACGUAUUGUUUUGAAUUUUUUUAUUUAAUUUUUUUUAACUAGAUUUUUUUUGAGGAUUACCAAAAAAGAACCAAAAGGCAACAGCUAUACGGUCCAUUUUUUAACUGAUGUCAUUUAAUAUUAUUUUAUUUAUUAGCGAUUCGCCCCUGGCCUUGCACGAAUGCACUGUUAGGAUGCACUGUGCUAAAAUUCCGUAAAUAAUAUCCAAACGACAGAGAAAUCCAUUGCGUGAUUGAAUUGAACGAAAUAACACACAAAAAGCUACUUUAUUUCUUACUCCUUAAAGAUGAUUAUAUCGUGGAGUGUGUAUAAAUUUAAAAACAUCUCCAUAAAAUUGCAUGUAUUUAUUUUGCUCCCCUACUUUAUUGUGGUGGUAAAGUUGUAAUUUGUCGUGCUAAGGUACAAGGAAUAGAGGGUGCCUAUUACGCACGUCUUACGUGUCGCAUACGUUAUUUUUUUACCGAACACGUGAAAUCUUGAGGUAAAUAUGUAAAUUAUAUUAUAUGUAAUAUAAAUUCUAUUGUAAUAAAAUUCUGGUGUCUGCACGUCCUUUGUUUCAAGUAUCAAAACAGCUGUUUACCUGAUAUAGAAUAAUCGAACAUGUUCCUUGCAAAUUGUCAUGUCUCUUAUAUUAGUAACCUUGUGGGAAAGGUAAUUUGAAACUUUUCGAUAAAUUGCAUUUAUAUUUAAACCAGUAUUGGAAUAUACGCGUGAGUAUACAAAAAAAAAUAUAUUUAAAGGUUUAAUUUUUCUCAGACUUGUCUUAGGUUUACUAAAAUUACACACCUAUCCCAUCCCAUCCCCGUCUAACGUCUGACCGUCAUCCCAUUAUUUGGAUCUGCGUGCAAUGUUUCUAACUUUCUCGUGAUUCAGUACAUAAAAUUAAUUUUUUACCCACUGUACACUCUCUUUUCAUUUAAAAGUUUCCUCUUGUCGGUGCAACUAAUUCAUGCAUCCUCUUCCAGCCAGCUCUAUCCCAGGUACAAAUCCUUGACCUGCCUAUACGACAUGACGCCUAGUGUUUCUUUUAUCUGUCCCAUGUAGUUAUUCCUCGGUUUUCCCCUUCCUCUUGUCCUCUAUAUUUGCUUAUGAUAUUUUUUUAAAUCGUCAUGUCGUAUAAGAUGGCCCAGCGUUUUGUCCCGUGUUAUUAUUACUAUUAUUUAUAAUAUCAGAUAUUUAUCUGUACAAUUUAGAAGUACACUUUGUCACGGUAAUCGGCGGCUAACGACACUUUGACUAGAAAUUUAUUAUUAAAUUCAACAAUUUGUUAGGCGGACAUUUGUAAAAUGUUACGACACAUUCCUUGUUGAUUUUAUUAUCGUUUCGUGUACGAUGAUAAAUGGAUAUUUAUUUGUUUUUAUGUAUAUUUUUGUUAAAUUUGAAAAUUGUGUUAUGUGAGCCAUUUGGUGUCUGAUAAAUUUGAAGAGUGGAAAUAGGAAUCGAAAUAAAUGGGAGGCGGUAUCAAAACCACGAUAUUUUCUUUACGCUUCACUAGCGUUUAAAAAUACAAUUAUUUUUGCAUAAUUUGUCGACCUCUCUAAAUUAUUAUAUUCAUAGCUAACUUUAAAUGUAUUUAAAAACCUUUCUAAAGCUAUCACAUAAUAUGUUAUUGUACAAUACAGUCAUUGUUGGUUUUGAUCCCGUCUCUCGCUAUAUACAGAUAUUUUUUACUACUUAGUACAUGAGAUAUGGUGUAAGCAAUUGAACAAACGGUGUGACGUCACGCCGCUAUUUAUACGAUCGAGACUGAUGUGAUGUAAUAUAUUAUUAUAAUGCUAUUUACUCAUCGUUUUAUGUUGUAUUUAAUUAUAGAAAUAUGCCAUGCCAGGAAUAGUUUGCGCCCAGUUGCACAGUUGCUAAGUGCCUCUUGAAAUAAUCGCUCUGUUGAAAUAUUCUCUAAACAUUUUGUAUUAUAUUUCGCUAUUGGUCGUGUCCCUCUCGAAUUUGCUGUAACGAUAUAACAGUUUUAUGCAUCGCGAUGUAAAACUAGCGUUCUAAAAUGUUACAGUAACAUUUUAUUAUGAGGGUAGAUUGAAAUGUAUAUAAAACAUUGUGGCGCGAAUUAUUCCCAGGCAUUUGUAAUAUAUUUUUACGUACUGCACUCAGCAGCGGAUCUAGUGUUAAUAUUGUGAAAGUAUGUUAUAUAAUCAAAUUAAAUUAAUAAUAAUUAUAUUUAAUUUUAUAAAACAACGAUCGAUGUUUCAGUGCUUUUUUAGCUUAUUGUGAAGGGGCUCAACAUUCGUUAUUACAAGGCUUGGACACAAUGUAGUAAUGCUUGAUAAUGUAGUGAGAUAUUUUAAUAAGUAUUAGAUUUAUUUUAUUUUAGUCUGACGCGGGGAUCGCUCUUGAUCUAUAAACCGCGAUGUGUAGGCUUCGUUCGCACACCGACCGAUCGUGAUAUGAAUUUGUACUAUAUCUUUUGCUGUGGCUCGUCGUACACGUUUGUGAUAUUUUUCCCAUAAAAUUUCAAAUGAGUCCAAAAAUAUGGAAAUUUUUAGGAGGGACCGUCGACAUAUCCUUUUGAGUCACGAGUCGGUCUUUGUGUGAAUACGUAUUCGUCAUUGACGAUUUCAAAUGAUCGGAAUCAUCAACGAUGAAUGUCGAAUCGUAUAUGUGAACAAGCCGAGAUUAUUUUAAUAAGUGGAUUCUAGCGGAGCCAAAUUUUAUUUGUGAUGCAUCUAAACCAUAUUGUCUAGUUAUAAUGUUACUAUUGAUAUUAACGCCGGCGCUCGCGAUCCGCUUAUCUCAGGUAUAUUUAAUUUGAAGAAAUCUUGUUUCUGUCGGAAGCAUUCUAGAUACCGGAUCGAGUCGGCCCGUGCUAUGAAAAGGUGCAUACACGCAGGAAGAUAUUUCAUAAAAUAUAUAUUAAGCGAUAAGUAUAUAUAUAUUUUUUUAUUAUAUUAGACAUUUGGUGUUACGUGCCAUCACCUUAUCAUGUUCUACUCGAUACCAAAGCGAUUGUUGUUAUGGAAAUUCUAAAAUGUUUCCCACUUAUUGAUUUUAUUUUUAUUAAAUUUGCCAAGGACUCGAACUUAUGAAGGAGUGUAUUAAAUUGUAAUGGCGAUUGACUAUUGAUGAACUGAAUUAAAUGAAUUAAUGGAGAUAAGGUAACGAUGUUCAAUAUUAAGUUUAUAGCACAUUUGAAAGAUCAAACUUGUAGCUUCAAUAAUUGCAGGGAUGGGAGACAAGUCAAUAGAAUACAGGAUAUCCGACUUCUAAACGUGUACCAAACGUAUUCCAUCGAUGUUUUUGGUACAACAUGCGUGAAAGAACGAGACAGCAACAUCUGCCAUCUUGUUAUGCGUGCUACCUAAAUAUUCGUAUAGUCUAUAUUCUUUUCUAGUUUAUCAAUAGUUCGCCAAGAGAAAUAAAGCUGAUCAUAAUGCAUGUACCAAUAUGGCAGCGAUGUUAGUUAGCAAUUUAAAUGUAAGGCUGAAUAGCUAGCGAGACACGUUCCGGCGUUGCGUGUACGUGUGCGUGUGGUUUGUAUGAACUCAUAUUUUAAUAAUAUAUACAAUACACGAGUUUAUUUUGAAGUCGUUAUCACGUUAUGAAUAUCCCUGUGCAAUAAAUUUUUAUAAUCUA